UAUCAGAGCCCGUUUCCAGAUCAGGCUAUGUGCAUACCCAGGUUACCCAGUACUAGGGGUCAGCUGAUGUCUAAUCUAUAUUUGUUUAUACUCUUUCAAUAAGAUAGAGCAUAUUUAUAACACUAGAACGUGUAAUUUACAGGCGUGAUAGCUUUAAGACAUAAAGCCGGUGCCCCUUGAAACCACGCUUGCAGAAAAGUGUGCUAUUUGAUUAAUAAUUUGCAGCGAUGGAAAUAAGUUUCAAAGGAAAGCGGGCUUUGGUAACUGGCGGGGGACGAGGAAUUGGCAAGUCCAUAGCCGAGGCGUUACUGAAGUGCGGGGCAGAGGUGGUGGUGCUAGAAAAGAUUGAAGAGGACCUGAAUAAAUUCAAAAAGGAAGAGCCAAGCAUAAUUCCGUUGCAAUGCGACCUGACGGACUGGGACGCGACCCGGAAGGCGGUGGAGGGGGUGGGGCCAAUCCAUAUGCUGGUGAACAGCGCGGGGGUGGCCGCGAUCACGCCCUUCCUUGACGUCACGAAAAGCGAGCUAGAUUGGGUAUUCAGCGUUAACUAUCAAGCAAUUGUGAAUGUUUCCCAGGUGGUGGUGAAGGGCAUGGUGGAGCGCGGGCAGGGCGGAGCGAUUGUCAACAUCUCUAGCAUGACGACCAAUGUCGCCUUCCCCGAGCACACCUCCUACUGCUCCAGUAAGGGCGCCGUCGACACGCUAACCAGAGUUAUGGCCCUUGAGUUGGGACCACACCAGAUCCGCGUGAACGCAAUUCAUCCGACGAUCGUAAUGACGGACAUGGGCCGGCGGGCUUGGGAGGACCCCAAUAAGCACAUGAAGUACCUUGUCCGCACUCCCAUGGGACACUUCGCAGACCCGACCGACGUUGCAGACGGCACGGUGUUCCUGCUCAGUGACAUGGCCAAGAUGGUGAGCGGAACCAUCCUGCACAUCGACGGCGGGUUCACUGCCAACUAGACAACAAUCUAGAGACACCAAUCCAAUCACAGCCGCACAGGGUGCAAUUGGGCUCCGUUAUUGCAUGAUUCAAGACUGCCUCUGCUUAUAUUUUGUCCUGGGAAAACUGAGUUUAAAGGGGCCUUUUUACAGA